ACUAGGCUUUUAUUUGGCUUGGUGUUAGACGCUCUAUAUGCAUAAAUUCAUCAACGUGUACUUUGAAUGACUACUUAAAUAUACGGGCACGCUAGAAGCCACCAAAAGAGCGUUCAUGCCGUACGACUUUUGAAGCCUGCAGGGGUCACUGGAUAAGAGUGGAUGUCCUUCAGCAGCUCCGGGGACUUGGGGUCAUGAUCCUUCGCCAGCUGCUGCGCCCCCUGCUUCCCCCUCUGGUCGCGUCACGCCGACGCGCCUGCACGGAUGGCCCCGCCCUCAAGCCCACCAGGGACCAGGAGAGUCUGGAAGUGUUGGGCCACGCCUACCCGUGUGACGACUUCACUAACGUAACGCAAAAGAUUCUGGCCAAAGUUGGCCGCAACCUCCACAACCAACGGCACCAUCCGUUGUGGCUCCUUAAGGAAAGGAUCAAAGCUCACUUCUACAGCGCUUACACGGGUCGCUCAGGCAACCCGCUGUUCUCAGCCCAUGACAACCUGAGCCCCGUGGUCACUGUGGAGCAGAACUUUGACAGCUUGCUGAUCCCGCCCAAACACCCAAGCAGGAAGCGCGGCGACAACUACUACCUGAACAGGAGCAUGAUGUUGCGCGCACACACCUCAGCCCACCAGAGGGAGCUAGUGAGCAGCGGCCUGGACGCUUUCCUCUUGGCUGGUGACGUGUACAGACGGGACGAGAUCGAUGCCAGCCACUAUCCCGUCUUCCACCAGAUGGAAGGCGUGCGUCUCUUCUCCAACCGGCAGCUCUUCUGCAAUGUUGCCGACGGCGACCAGCUGAACAUGUUUGAGGCGGCAGGGGGACGCAGGACGCCUCACAAACAAGAAAUCCACAGUCUGGAGGCCGUCAAGCUGCUGGAGUUCAACCUCAAACAAACACUCAGCCGACUCGUCAGGGCUCUGUUCGGAGAAGAUUUGGAGGUGCGCUGGGUGGACUGUUACUUCCCCUUCACUCAUCCCUCCUUUGAGAUGGAGGUGCGUUUCCAUGGCGACUGGUUGGAAGUACUGGGCUGCGGAGUCAUGGAGCAGCAGCUGCUCAACUCUGCUGGCGCGGCCGACAAGGUGGGUUGGGCCUUUGGACUGGGCCUGGAGCGUCUGGCCAUGGUCCUGUACAAGAUCCCCGACAUCCGAAUGUUCUGGAGCCAGGACGAACGCUUCCUCAAGCAAUUCCGCGUGGACGACAUCCAUCAGGAGGUCCACUUCCAGGCGCUGAGCAAGUACCCCCCGUUGCACAAUGACAUCUCCUUCUGGCUUCCCGCGGCGGGCGAGCCUGCAUUCCACGCCAACGACUUCUACGAGUUGGUUCGCGCCGUCGCCGGAGACCUUGUGGAGGAGGUGGCGCUGCUCGAUGACUUCACGCACCCCAAGAGCGGGAGGCGAAGCUUAUGCUUCCGUGUGGUUUACCGCCACAUGGAGCGCACCCUAAGCCAACAGGAAGUGAACACGGUUCACCGCCAGAUAGAACGCAUGGCCGAGACGCAGCUGGGCGUCGAGGGACGCUACUGAAUAUGCCCGUGGUAAAACGGACCCACUUUUGCUGAUUGUUCUUGACGCAGUCAGGCUUAAUAUGGACAAAUAGUUAUUAACAUGAAAAUCAUGAAAAA